AUGUAUACGUCCCUUUUUGUAGAUUUUACAACCACAUCUCUGGAGAAAAGGCUAGUUCUUGGUGUUACGUUACAUAGAGUUCCCCCGUCGUGGAGUCUAAGCGAAAUCGUCCGUAAUAUAUCACUAUUCACUUCAUUAAGGGAAUUGAAAAUUGUGUCGUUUAUUUCAAUGUUCAGGGAAACUACUGAUAAUGGAUAUGACGAUGAGUGUGGAAAUAAAGUGCAUUUGCUGUGUGAUUCUCUGGAUAGCAAAACCACUUUGUUGAGAAUACGAGUGAUACCUUUUGUAGGAGACAAAUGCGGAAUAAUAGUGAUUAGACCAAUGAAAUCUAUAAUUAGAUUGGAAAAUGUAGAGUGUGUGUAUACUAUUCCAAAAUAUGGCAAUAUAGACGUUGCGGUGGAGAUGGCAGAAGCUAUGAAGUUGCUUGAUGAAAAUAAUAUAUCGCUCAAGUAUGCAACUCUUAUAGCAAUGAACAUACUAAAUGAUGAUUAUUCGUGGAACAAUAUGAGGGUGGAAACCAUAUGGCCAAUGUUAGCUUCUAACACACUAAUAAUUGAGCUUAUGACUAAACUGACAGAGGUGGUUAGGAAUCAUAAAACACCUAAAUUCAAGUCAUUUCUGUGUGAAAAUAAAUAUGAUAUAACUGACAUUUUCGACACUAACACUUUGAAAUGGGCAUGGGAAACUAAUUUAACAGGGGAAUAUACUAGAAAUAAUAAACAAUUUUCUAGUAAUCCUUUUACAAGUGCAGUCACUUCUGUAGAAAAUAAAGGCAAUAAUUACACCUUAGACGAUGCUAAUAAUCAAAAUUACGGCACCAGUGAUAAUUAUAUCAACUAUGACAACCGUGAUUAUUCCGAUAAUUAUAUGAUUGAUGAUCAGUGUUAUGGAAGCGAAACAUAUAAUAGAUUAACAAAUUACACUAGGGAUGUAAAUUACAAGCAGGGACACGAGAUUGGAGGCGAUAGACUAAAAUUACAUACAGGAUGCAUAAGAUUUGAGAAAAAUCGCAACCGCUGGGUCGUAGACCUUACGUUACAUAGAUUUAGGAAUCAAAAAUGCUUUCACGUCAGCCAUUAUGGAUUUAUUGGAGGACUUCAAGCGGCAAGAAAGUGGAGAUAUGAUUAUAUGAGUAAAAUGAAUACAAUGAUAUCGCCAAGUAUGGAAAGGAAGGUGUUCAAAGACAUAUGGGACAAAAUUCACAUGAUGGACCAGGAACUAUGGCCACAGCUAGUGGCAGCAGUUACCACCCCAAUUGAGGGUUAUGAAGAUGCCCAUAAUUGUAUAAAUAUAAAUGAAUACAUUGUGGCUAUGGAUCAGACCAAUCCCACCUAA